UAAAACUCAACCGGAAGUGCAAUGACAACACAUCACCUGCUCUUAAUCACAAACAAUGUCUCGUAAAAAAAAAAAAAAAAAAAAAAAAAAAAAAAAACGAUUAAAUAUCCACGUCACGAGCACCGGGAAGUCUCGCGCGUCUUUCAGCUAGACACAUCAGCACUGCAGUGAAUCUAGAACACUCAGCCUCUUUGUGUGUAUGUGUCUGUAUGUCUGUCUACCGGGCGUCGUUCCCACGCCGACACCGAUGACGUUUAAUUAGUGUGCACACACGCAAUUACACAGAGAGAAAGAGAUAGAGAGAAAGGAGAAAGAAAAUGGGUAACGCACGUGCUCUUACCGGAAUGAAGCAGUCUCGCGCGCCGGUUUGGGUGCAGGGAGCAGGCGGAGCUUUGGAUCCGGAGAAUCCUGGCUAUCCACAGCUGGUGCAGGUGUCCUCAGAUGUGUCCUCAGGCUUGGUGUUACGGUGUCUAGCCCCCCAGGGUCACAGUGGCCGAGUGUUUGAGCUCUACCACGUGCGCACACUCAAACUCUUGGUACAGUUUGACACAGGGCGCUCGUACGCCGACUUUCAGCUCAACACCAGCACUUCAGAUUCCGAGGAUAUCUACUGCUGCCGCUACGACCACAGCGGGUUCAGCAAGUACACCAGGCCCACUCCUCCACCAAGCCCGAACACACCCCCAGCUCCUCCUCAACUCUCGGUCAUACCUCCAGAUGGGUAUGUCCGGCCUGGUCAGGUGGUGGAGUUCCGUUGUCAGGCCCCGCCCACCCUUGCUCCUGUAUCAUUUGUCCUCCAGAAACAACAAAACAUGAUCCACUCCCAGAAUCCUCAGUUCAAGGUGGGGCCAGUGGGCGUGGCUGAUGGGGGCAUGUACAGCUGCUUCUACAUAUUUAACCUAUCAGAGGGAGUUCAAAAGUCUGUCCCCAGCGCACCUGUCUAUGUUAAUGUAGGAGUUAAGCUCCCAGCUCCGCAGUUAUCUCAGCGGGCAGAGGGGGCGCUAGUGUGCAUCGGGUCACCCUCCUACCCUGGUGCUUAUUUCUCCCUGUUCCAACAGGGUUCCUCAUCACCGAUAGCAACACAACACGCCCCCAAGAUUGAACACACCGUGCAAUUCACUGCAUCAGGGCAGCACUCGGAAGGAAGCAUGUACCAAUGUCAGUACAGUGUGCUGCUGGGUAAAAACUGGAUACAUUCUGAACUCAGCUCCCCCAUCGUACUGCAAUGUGUUACAGGAUCUCCUUCCUGCAGCUCAUCUUCUACAGAUAACCAUCCUCCACAUACAGGUUCAAUGGACCUGCCGUUGGUGUGUGGGUCCGUCUCAGCUGCACUGCUCUUCCUGAUGGUGCUCAUAAUCCUGGCCUUUGGGAUUCGCAAAUAUGCUAAAACAGCAGCCAAUAAAAGGAGACAAAGGGAACAGGAGCAGUUCUGGCAGCAGGUCCACUUCAGAGACCACAUCGUCGAUCUCACACUACAGAGAGUCAGCACUGGCUCCAAGGAGGAGGGAUUAACUUCAGUGUUGGAGCCCAUCUACGAAUCUCCAGUCAGCACAUUCACCCGCCCACCUGGCUACUGACACACUCGUGCGCUCUCUCUCUCUCUCUCUCUCUCUCUCUCUCGGCGACAGUGCAUAGUGAGAGCGCUACACACACAGACAGGUACAGCACACCUAAAUGGGCGGAGCAUGCCGAUGACAUGGCUGGGUUUUGGUUUGCAUGUAGUUACUUCAGUUUCUUUCUGACACAAAGGCAAACCGGGUCACACACACAAACGCUGAUCUCUCAGCAGUUUCUCUUCCUUUUUCUUUUUUAUUCGUCAUCAUCCUUUCAUUUAAUUACAUUCUUCACUCUUGUCCUUCUACUUUAUCUCAUUUACUCAUGGUUCUCUCUUUCUCCUCCUUCAUCUCAUUAUUUUUAUUUUAUUCCAUUUCUGUAUUCUCUCUCUCUCUCUCAGUAGCAUUUGCACGAUUUGGAUUUUGCAUUAAAGGCUCUUAUGUUUAUAAAAUGUCCUUUGAAAAUAAAUUAAUGCUUUAUUAAUGAUAUUUUAUGUAUGAAUACACACAGAGAGAGAGAUUGCAGAAGGAAGUACAGACAUACUGUUGCUGGAGAGUUGAGCAAUAAAAGCACAUUAUAUCCUGUUAACUACAUCAUUAUCAUCAGUGGAUCAGUGCAAGCAAUGCUGCUUGUGUAACUAUGUACACUUUUAUUGAUCGCUAAAUGUUUGAGGUGUUAUGAACAUUUAUAACUCUGUAGAUGUUCAGUACAGACUGUACUCCAACAGGCUCAGUGAGAAGUGCAAAAUAACUCACUGUUCAUCCCAUUUAUAGCUGAAUGCAAAUUACACUUCUGUCUGGCUGUGUCUUUGUCUUUCCAAUACAGCUUUUUGACUUCCUCUAACCAGAGUGUGUAUUAGACACUUUAUUAGGUCUUCACUGCUCUCCUUAGUUUUUCAUCAUCAUUUUUAAAAAAAAAAAUUUUAUUAUUAUUAUUUUUUUAUUUAUUUUUUUUAUCACAUUUCUGGUUAAAGCAUGUGUAAGUCAAUAAUAAAGAAAUGGUGUGGUCCAUUAUAGGGGGGAUUGGGUAGCAAAAUUAUAUUUUGGUAUUGGCAAUGAAAGUUAUUUUGUGUGUGUGUUUUAAGAACAUAUCCAACCUUUGUCUUUAAUCUCCUAUUAGUGAUCGGUGGAGUACAGGGAGGGUUAAUGUGUUAAUUCAGGAGUUCAGACCCCCUCAAGAACACCCUUUAGUCAAAAGUUCAUGGGCUGUUCCACAUCUUUAUCCGCUCAGGUGACAGUAUUUAAUGAGAAGAAAGGUGUAGAGAUGCUCCUGAGGCUAAUCUUAAUCACAUUAAUGAGCAUUAACAUUGAACAUUUUAGCCAAGUGUCUUCACAACAUCAGGAUUUUUAGUUCAUCUGGUUUAGCUUAAUUAGUCAGUUGUUGUUAAUCAGGGUUAGGUAAUCUGGUUAAAUUGAUCCUCAUUAUUUGAACUUUGGUUUUAGGUGAUCCGGUUUAGUAUUAGUUUGUAUUAUAAUAACCACUGCAAUUUAAUCUGUUCUUUAAGUAGUUAAAUUACCUACAUUGUGUAAAAACUGGUGUUAAUACUGAACACUAAAUUGAUUUUUUUAAAACCAUUUUUGUCCUAAAAUAGCCAAAUAAACAUCAUUUGUGUACAGUCAUGAUUCACCUGUUAUCACUUUAAAGGAUUUUGUUCUCCUUUGUAUGUAAAUAAAGGUCUGAAUGUGCGGGUUAAGCCUG